AACGCCUGCCACGCCCACGCCUGUGCGCUGCAGUCGUGCAUGCAGAAGACGCUCAACCAGGACAAGUGCCAGCACCUCGUCACCGAGCUCUACCGCUGCUGCGCGCGCUUCUACGUCGCAAAGGGCCCCCGGGCCGAGGCCGACGGCUGCCCGCUGCUGCCCGUCGUGCGCCGCAAGCUCAAGGCUGUGGGAGAAGAG